AUCAAUCAAUGUAAUUUUAUUUAGGAAAUAAAUGUAAAUUUAUUUCCUGUUCCUUGUUUUUGUGCCUUUACUACUGAUUAUUUUUUUGUUUUUCAGUUUUAAUUUUUCAAUUGUUGAUUAAUUAAUUUUUAAAUUGUUUUUUGUAUUAAAUAUGUUAUGGUUUUUAAGCGAGCAAAAUGGAUUGAAAAUUGUCAAUGCAGAUGCACAGAAAAGUCAAUCUACAUAUUCUUUAGUUGCAUCUGAUUCUCUAUCAUUACUUAAUUCAGAUGUGAUACCAAUGGUUAAUGUUAAAUCAGACUGUAUUGUUGAUGACGAGGCUUGGCUUCGAUUUAAUACAAUGAGUCUAAGCAUUGCUGAUAGAAGUCUCAUCACAAGUCCAGUUGGCCUCCUUAAUGACAAAGUAAUUUAUGCUGCGAUGAUUUUGUGUAAACGGCAGUUUCCUGAAAUGGAUGGUUUACAAGACCCUAUUCUGUGUUUUGCGGGUCAGUGUAAUAGUGCUCCGUUUUCAAGUCGUGGUUUCGUUCAAAUUUUUAAUGAUGAAAUUAAAGGUCAUUGGAUAACUGUAGCUAACUAGCAUUGCAAAGAAGGUAAAAUAAACAUUUAUUGCAGUUUACAAUUGACUCCGAGCAAAGAGUGUACACGUUCUAUUGCAAAAUUUGCGCGUCUACAGUGUGCCACUAUCGAGCUCAAUAUAAACAAUGUAUCCCGCCAAAAAGACCUACUAUGUGGAUUUUACGCAAUUGCAAAUUGCGUUACAUUGUGCUUAGGCAAAGAUCCCUGCAAUUUUACGUACAAGGAGUCAGUAAUGCGGCAACACUUAUUGACUUGUCUUGAAAAAAAACAUAUUAUCCAGUUUCCUGUUGAAAGUUUUAGAACUGUUCGGAAGAGUGUUAUUCGUGUUUCAAGAAACUCUUUGUAUUGUCUGUGUCGCACUAUUUUUAUGUCUUCGGAUUCAAUGAUCCAAUGUACAUUAUGCAAUGAGUGGUUUCAUGCAUCUUGCGUAGGUUUAACAGAGGAACUUUUUGUUGAGUACAAAAGAGAUAUUCGCAAAGUUUAUAAAUGCGCCAAAUGUAAAUAGGAUUCUUACUGAACAUUUAUAAA